UGAUAGAGCCGCUCACUACUUCCGGUGUGGAUUGCUAAGCUACCACACCAGACCAGACACCGCAGCGAUUUUGACGGGUGUGUCAUCCAAGAUGCUGGCCCUCAUAAACAGGCUUUUGGACUGGUUCAGGUCCCUCUUCUGGAAGGAAGAGAUGGAACUCACGCUGGUUGGACUUCAGUACUCCGGAAAGACGACAUUUGUCAAUGUGAUCGCUUCAGGCCAGUUCAGUGAAGACAUGAUACCCACAGUUGGAUUCAAUAUGCGAAAGGUCACAAAAGGCAACGUGACAAUAAAGAUUUGGGAUAUAGGUGGACAGCCCCGAUUCCGAAGCAUGUGGGAACGCUACUGUCGGGGAGUCAAUGCUAUUGUUUACAUGGUGGAUGCAGCAGAUCGAGAUAAGAUCGAAGCGUCCAGAAAUGAACUACAUAACCUGUUGGACAAACCGCAGCUACAAGGAAUUCCAGUUCUAGUGCUGGGAAACAAACGGGACCUCGCCACCGCACUUGAUGAGAAGCAGCUCAUUGAAAAGAUGAACCUGUCUGCCAUCCAGGAUCGAGAGAUCUGCUGCUACUCUGUCUCCUGCAAAGAGAAGGACAACAUAGAUAUCACGCUGCAGUGGCUCAUCCAGCAUUCAAAGUCGAGGAGAAGCUGAAACACUCUUGGGUCCUCCACGGUCAUUCCUUCCACUGCCUCUGUGAAGUUCUUCAACCUUCUCUGCUCUCUCUUGUCUCCUCCUGCGCAGCGCCAGCCACCACCGUUGUGUUCCCGUAGAAUCUGUACAGCAAUGCUUGUCUUUGGGAUGCUGAAGUGUGUCCGUGCUAGAAGGCGGAUCGUUCACGCCUUAGCGUCCGUCCUCGUGGACCGGCUCGAAUGACAAUACAGUGGACUCUUCUCAUGUUUCCCGUAGUAAUCCCACAAUGAUCACAAGCGUUGUUAGGUGUUUACACGACAAAGUGCCAUUGUGGUUUUUGUUUGCCAACGGUCGCUACAGCUAAUGCCUUCGAUCACAAUGAACUCUUCCGCACUAGAACCUGCAUUUUAUUUGGCAGUAUGCAUGGGAUUACCUAAUUUAUUCUGCGUAUUGAAGGAAAUUUUACACGCCGGGGAGGAAGUAGGAAGAAUGUAGAACGAUGAGACGUUGUUGCCGAGUCUGAGGCAGAAAUGGGCCAGCAGACUUUUAAGUGCCUUUUGGCCGAGGGAGAGCGCCAAUCAUUGCCCAAAGUACUCUAUUAGGGAAUGGCUCCCACCCCUUGAUGACACAGUCGCACUCUCCCGCUGUUUGAUGCUCACUUCCUGACCUCAGUGGGUAGGAGGGUACAACGCUAACGCGGCACGAUGCGAGCCCAUUGAGAAAAUGUUACAUUUUGAUGGGGGAUUCGAACACCCGCAUCCUCUCUUUCAUAAGCCUCAACUCCUGUCACUGACGACUUAUUGAUUGACAUGAACUUCAUGUUCUCUCACUGCUUUUAUCAAUGUGAUAAAUGCAUGCGGAUCUCCUCCAUGAUUUGCACAUCUGAAAUAACACUCUUGCGUACACGGCCAUCUUGGUUUCUCGUACACCUCACAUUGUCCUCGUGUGUCUGUCGGCGAUGAGCGGAGUCCUAAUUAGCAACUGUCGGCACCACAGCAGCAGCGAGGGGCUGUAAAACCGAAUGACGGGGGGUUAAAGUAGGUGUAAAAACAACUUUUGUUGACUUGUCAUAUUAUUUUAUUAUCGCUAUUCUAUACUUGCAAUUUGUACGUGCAUGUGCUAAGAAUUCACAUUCAAUUGUAGACUUUGUAAAUAAGAAGUUAGCAUUUUUAUUCCAGCAAAUGCUCCUCUAGAUGUCAUGCAUUCUUUCCAUGUGAUUGCUAAUAAAUUAGGUUUUAUUUGUAAAAGGGUUUCCAGGGGGUUGCUGAGUGAAAUUGCAUGUUAAAGGUUUGGCCACUAGGUGGAAGUAGAGGGCUUUGGAUGCCUGGACUCUGCAGCGCAUUUACAAAUGUUUUGUUAUGUUGCAGGACUGCAUUAUCAAGCCUGAGGAGGGUUUGUAUUGACAUCUGCAUGAAGCCCAAAUAACAUUUUGAUUGAUUUAUGGAGUUGAAACCAGUAGAAAGUACUAAAAAAAAAAUGCCGGACUCCUGAGGGAUGUUUAUCCCAUUCGUCCAUUUUUUUCAGUCUUGUGACGCAGGUUGCGCCUUAAACUUUUGUCGGGUCGUCCUCCAUCUUGGCAGUUCAUUCAACUUAUCUUGGGCUUGGCUUGUUGUUGUCCAGCUGGUGCUACUAGAUGUUCCUUUUUAUGGAAGGACGGCAGUGACAAGCACCAUCCCUACCCCUUCAGGAUGAAGGGGUACUGCAGGUACUGCCAGUUCUGCCAUGGGCCUGCCAGUUCCCAUGAUCCAACUCAGGCUGUGAGAAGCAGACUCAUGUUUCUGUCCUGUAGAUCAGGAAAUCUGAAAAUUCUGUGAUUUGCACCUAAAAACGAUUGAAAUCGUACAAAAAAAAAUCAUAAUACAGUUGAGACAAAUAUCAAUAUUUUGAUCCAUCCGUCUUCCAACGCUUAUCCAAAGACUGCUUCUGGGGGCGGCAGCCUAUCCAGGAAAGCCCAGAUGUCCCUCAUAGUCAUUUAGUUAAAUUUAACAAUGAGCUCAUGACUGACAAUAACAUUUCCAUAAAUAUAACAUGCUUCCAAAGAGUGGGGGUGUUCUGCGGGGGUUUAUUGGGGUGUCAAUAAAAUGAACCACGUUCUCGCCACCGCGACCACAAAAAGGCUUAUGGGUAGAAGCGGUCCAGCUGUUUCUGCAACACCACCUUAAUUAAUCUCAUUUCUUAAACGCGGCAUUUAACCAACAGCUGCUGCCAUUUGUUGCCGUUGUGGACGGAUGGAGGUGUUUGCUGAGGAGUUCCAUAGGUUCAACGCCUGCGCUUUGCUGUCGCAGUGACCACAUUAAGACGUGGUUACAGACCCGCCGUGAGGGUUUAUGUGGAGAACGGGUCAUGAAGUGACCUCAAGAGUGUGACAUACCAUUCAUGUAGCUACACUCUAUUAGCGAUGUGCUCUUUAGGUAAUGCAUGUUUCACACCCUUAACCUGCCACAUCUGCACUAUUUGCACUCGUUUUUCUGGGUCAACUGGCAACAUUUAACCUGACACUGUAGAAAUUUAGUAUCCUCUAUGGGCACUUAAUUUGUGUGGGGAGCGAAUGGUAACUGAGACGUCCAUAAAAAUAUCCUACGAUACGUCAAUAUUGUAUUGAUACAGUAAACCUCGGAUAUAUCGGAUUCAAUUGUUCCCACUGGUUUUGUCCGAUAUAAGCGAAAUCCGUUAUAUGCGUAUACCGCAAAAUGUCCGUUUUACGCAUAUAUCGGAUUUAUAUCCGGUAUAUGUGUAAAUCGGAUUUUAUCCAUUAUAAAAAGGCACUUCCUUGACUAUGUUUCCAAUGUACCUGGACGCGCAGGCAACGCUGCAAACGCUGCAAAUGACGUCGUAUAGCGGCCUGUCACGAUUCGGCGAAUCGGAGCGCCACGAUGCGGCCAUCCGAUAUAUGCGAGGGAAAUUUCAUGGAAAUGCAUUGGAACGGGACUGGAGAUUUUGUCCGAAAUAGGUGAAAUCCGUUAUAAAAAAUCCGAUAUAUGCAAUGAAUUUUUAUUGGAAAUGCAUUACAGAAAAAAUGGUUCUUUUUUUAUCUGUCCGUUGUGAGCGAAUUUCCGAUAUAUCCGAGUCCGAUAUAUCCGAGGUUUACUGUAAUUGCUUAUCUUGUUGGUUUAUUACAAGCCUCUGCAAAUAUCUUGAAUGCAAUGAAAUUGUUCCUAAAUCUAUCUAAAAAAAAACAACUCAAAAAUGUUGGUUGUUUCUAUGGAAGGACAGCAGUGACAAGCACCUUUUAAGUCAUGUACAGGCUGUGGAAAGUCAUAAUGUAUCAUAAAUGUUGACAUAAAUGACAUUAUGUUAUUGGCCACGUGCUGUAGGCUCAUCUCGUGCACCUCUGCACAACCUCAGGUGAAUUCGUGCUAGCAACCUACCUGUUACCACACACACAAACAACAAAGUCAAGUCAAGUUUGCUUUGUUUUGCACAAUGCAUUAUAUAUUAUCACGACCUCCUGAGGAAAAAAAACAUUUUGUGCUUACAACUGUAAAAAAAAAAAGAAAAAUCAAUCUGCCGAUGAGCUUUCCCAAGAAAAAGUCGUUUUAUUUUGGGCAAACACGACUUUGUUGUCUUUUCUGUGGUCAUGCAGAAAAGCUGCUGAGACUCCAGAAUGCAAUAAUUCCAUUUGCCGUCCGUGAGAGUAAUCUUUCAUGUACUUUCUUUUAUCCAGUAUCCUGCUGCCUUGUAAAAGCUUUCAUACUCUCACCUCCCAGUCUCAGCCUCGACAUGCACCCUCCUCCCCUCGGAUUCCAUUAAAAACCUUAACUUGGGCUUCCUGGGGCUGGGAUCAAACAGGACGCUUCAUGCCUUUUCUCAAUGUUCCUCAUAUUUCCAUAUAGAUUGACUAUUUAUCAGUCUGCAUUUUAAACACACUAGUCCAUUUUAUUAAUCCAUGUUGGGUUUAUGUACAUAAAAAGGAAACGCUGAUGUAGGAAGUGUAAUUCUUUUAACGGAGCGAUGCAAGGUGAAUCGUAAUGCGGGGGUGGAAGGAGUUAAUAUGGGACUUGCUGGCCACUUUCUAACCUUGAAGAUGCUGAGGAUCAGAUGGAUGAAAGUGACACAAGCAGCCGUCGACCGCACCUCGACAAGCGUCAACAAGUUCGAUAUUAUUAACAUUCGUCAGCAGGCUGACUGCAAAGGGAAAACACAGCUACUGUACAACAUGACAGCUAGAAUCACCUUCACUUGUUGCUUGCCUGCGGUUGGCGCUGAGUUUUGUCUUCAGGAAGCGAAGAACAUAUUUAAGGGUUGAAUGACUAUUGAAGAAUACAGCAAUGCCUUGCCAAUUGGAGCUUCAAAUUUCACGGCUUCACUCUAGCACUGGUUUUGAAAACUAAGUCAACUGUGCUUUUCAUGGAUGAAUAUGGCCUAAAAAAGUUUAAAAAUAUGAAUAUAUACUUUUGUCUAAUUUAAGCAUUUUCAAGCUAAAUGAACUGAAAUACAUUUUAAAGCAUUCAGGAGACACAGUUAAAGAUGUUGUGUAGUAUUACUUACUAAAUGAGUAAGUAGGUGUAGUAGCAGUAAGUAGUUAUGUUACUGUAAUGUUCAGUGUGACACACAAGCACUAGACUGUAGGUACUAGCUCUACCAUGGACUACUGUUGCUCCUAACCCUAAAUCUAAACCCUAGCCCUAACCCUAGCCCAAGCACAAACACAAGCACAAGCCCGAGC